AUGUCCUUUUGGAGCUUUGUCCGCGCUCAGUGGACGUACCUCCCCCUCGUCCCCACAGAGGCCACCGUCACUGGCGGAACCUACGUCGUCACAGGCGCAAACACCGGCCUCGGUUUCGAGUGCGCCAAGACACUGGUUAAGCUUGGAGCCAAGACAGUUGUCCUUGGUGUUCGAUCGAUCGAAAAAGGCGACGUCGCGGCUGCAGCUAUUGCCAAAGAAACUGGCCGAGAAGGGGUUUGUCAGGUCUGGCAUCUUGAUCUCGCCUCUUUGGACUCGGUCGAGGAGUUUGCAAAGAAGCUUCAGUCUCUGGAUAGGAUUGAUGCACUGAUUCAGAAUGCGUCGGUUGCGCUCGCUGACUUCACGCUCUCCGAGGGAGUUGAGACGACCAUCACCGUCAAUGUCCUCAGCACAAUGUUGCUCGCUAUCAGGGCCAUGCCGAAACUUCAAGAGUCUGCCAGGACGUUUUCGAUUAACCCACACUUGGUUAUCGUCUCGAGCUUGACUGGCUUUCAGUGCGAAGGGAUUUUGGAAAAGCACAACGGUGACCUGUUUGAGGCGUUGAGUACAAAAGAAGCUGACAUGGUCGGUCGAUACCCCCUGAGCAAGUUGUUGCAAAUAUACGCCACCCGCCAUCUAGCAUCGCUCUUCCCACUGUCGGAGACGGGUGUUAUCAUUAACGUCCUGAAUCCAGGUCUCUGCAAGACAGAACUCAACCGCAACUCACGUGGGUUUUUGAAGUAUCAGAUUCUCGCGUUGAGGUUGUUCCUUGGACGGACACCUGAACAGGGUAGCCGGACUCUUUUGCACGCCGCGGUUGCCGGGACGGAGAGCCACGGGAAGUAUGUAUCUGACUGCGAGAUCAAAGAAUUUCUGGUUCCUGGAUGGGUGUCUGGUGAGAGUGGGUUGCACAUGCAGCGAAGGGUUUGGACGGAUUUGCUCAAGAACUUGAACGGGAGAGGGCAUUACGUAGAGUCUCUCUAG